AUGUGGCGAGAUCGUACCAACCUUUACAUAUCUUACCGGCAAUCAUACGCUUACCAUCCUUCUAAAAAGCUUAAGACUACCCGUCCCAACAAUGGAUUCGAUACGGUAUCGUCGCCUUCUGAGCGACAAGGUCUCAUGUCUGCCAGCGCUUUUGAGGAUGAUGGAGAUGCUUUGAUUGAAAUGGAUCUUUUACCUCCACGCUGGGCAGAUAUAUCAGAAGACGUAGAUGAAUACCUUGCAGGAAUUUCAACAAAAUGCCAGAAGUUGGAAAGCCUUCACCAAAAGCACGUCUUGCCAGGAUUUGAUGAUGAAGAGGUAAAGAGGAAAGAAGAAAUACAAAUUGAGCGAAUAACACAAGAAAUAACAAAGGGAUUUCAUGAUUGCCAGAAAGCCAUACAAAGGAUAGACUUACUGGUAAGAGAAGGUAAAGCACAAGGAGGUUUGAGUCGGGGUGAAGAGGUAAUGGCCAAAAAUAUUCAGAUCUCCCUCGCUGGUAAAGUACAGGAGGCGAGUGCAAACUUCCGGAAGAAACAGAGUGCAUAUCUGAAAAAAUUACGUGGGAUGUCAGGAGUAACUAUUCCAAUAUCUGAUAGAUCCACCAUACCACUGAAUACACUCACUGACCGCUCAGCUCAAGAAUCUGAUGCAGAUAAAUUCUAUUCGCAAUCAGCACUUCAGCAAACAACAAUAUCUAAUGAUACCGCCAUUAAUCAGCGCGAACGGGAAAUCAGUGAUAUCGCACAAGGAAUUAUAGAAUUAGCUGAUAUAUUCAAGGAACUUCAAACUAUGAUUAUAGAUCAAGGAACCAUGCUAGAUCGAAUUGAUUAUAAUGUCGAACAAAUGGCGGUUGAUGUAAAAGCUGCCGAUAAAGAAGUAAAGACUGCCAGUAGCUACCAAAAAAAAGGUACCAGGCGGCGUAUCAUUCUCCUUCUAAUAUUAAUGGUUGUUGGCAUGUUUAUUCUACUGACGCUUAAACGAAAGAGUCAUGGAUAA